AGUUUCACUUGGCAAUCUUUCUUAAAACGCAUCAGAUGGUUGAUCAGGAUGGUGAGUACUUUUUAAAACUUAUAAACUAUAUAGAUUCUCAAUUUUGAUAGAUAAGUUGAGUUUAUAUACGUGUUCUUUAUAUAAAUAUAUUUAUAUAUAUGAUAUAGAAAUAUAUAUUUGAAUAUAUAUAAAUAACUGUAUUUAUACAGUUAGACUUAGAAGAGCAAAAACAUAGUAAAAAGUUUUUUACUUUCUUAAUUUACUUUCAAAAACUCUGUUAUUUAUUUAUUCAAAAAAUAUUAAUAAAUAUUUUUAUUAAUCAUAAUUUAUAGUUAAAUUAUUAAUUUUCUUUCCUUAAUUUGGAUAUUUAAUACUUUUUAACAUUGCGUUAUACUUACUUUCUAUUCUUUCUUAAAUGAUGUAAUUAUACCAAGAACAACAGUCUAAUAGAUAAACUGUUUAUUUAUAGUUAUUUUACACAAGUACAUAUAGUAUGUAUGUGUAUUUAUAAUUUUCUUACUAGUAGCCUUUGAAACUUACUAACCUCCAAUACACUGGGUACAUAAAAAAAUACGUAAUAUGUAUUGUAUCACUGUAGUAUGAAAGUAGACGUUUUCUUUAAAAAGACCAUGAUGUUUGAUGGGAAAGAGGAAAACGAAGACAACCAGGAAUUUGGUACUGUUCCUUUAAGAGAUUAUGGGAAUCUUGCACAUGUCCCAUAUGGAGAUGAAGAACAAGACGCUCAAAGUCAUCAUAGGGAACAUUAUGUCGUCCCAUCCAUGUUUACUGCCUUACAUGGACAACCGAAGAGUACUCAUGAUUCUUUUAGAAGAGGCCGUCAUAGGAGGCGUCGAGCAAUGUCUAUAGAAUCUAAAAGAGGGAAUCACUCAAAAGAUGGAAAGAAGAAAAAAUCCAAUACUGAAGUGGUAGAAGAAAAUAAAGAAGAAACAACCCCAAAAUUUCCAUUUCCUUUACCAAGAAGCGAAAGUACUACUACUCAAAAUAGCUCUGAUGGUCGAACGAUGACUAUGAUGCAAAGGAAUUCUUCGUCUCAUCGUAUGCAAGAAUUACUGGAAGGAAAACACGACGACGAUGACGAUGACAAAGAACACAUUGAUCAUACACCGCAUACUCUUUUCUGUGAAAUGGAUGUCCUGAGAAUAGAGAGUUCUGGAGAAAAACAAUUUCAUGAAACAGCUAGAUGGUUAAAAUUUGAAGAAGAUGUCGAAGAAGAAGGAGAGAGAUGGUCAAAACCUCACGUCGCUGCCCUUCCGCUCCAUUCUCUUUUUCAACUUAGAGAUAUGUUUGCUAGUAGAUGCGCUUUCUGUUUUGAUAUCCUUGCCAGAACGAGAGGGACAAUUCUAGAAAAUAUCAUGGAUGAAUUAUGUAACAUGAGCCUUCUCCAAGAAAGUAAAAAGGAAGAUGUUUAUAGAAUUAUGAUGGCUAAUGUUGUUCAUUUACACGAAGUUGGCAAGCAUAAUCACAGCGGCUUACCAAUAAUAAGAAGCAUGAAGGAAAUCGCUGACAGAAAAAUGUCUAGAAAAAGCAAUAGUAUGGAGGAUGAUGAAGGGUCGCUAUCGAGGAGAUCAAGUACAGCAAGUUUAAAUGGUAUGCCAAAUGUAGUUCAUAAGCAAAAUGCUCAUUUUCGAAAGAAGAUUCCUCCGGAUGCGGAAGCGACAAAUGUCUUAGUUGCGGCAACUGAAAUAGUUGAUGAACCCAUGAUGUCAUUUGUAAGAUUAAGGGAAAGUUCAUCGCUGGAUGAUGUUACAGAAGUAAAUGUUCCAACAAGAUUUAUGAUAAUAAUUUUGGGUCCAACAGAAUUGCAUGCUGAAUUGCACGAAAUGGGUAGAUGUAUUUCAACUUUAAUGUCAGAUGAAAUCUUCCACGAAGUAGCCUAUAAAGGUGUAACAACCGAGGACUUUCUUGCUGGAAUUGAUGAAUUUCUUGACGAAGUAACUGUUCUACCACCAAGUGAAUGGGAUCCAACUGUUCGUCUCGAACCUCCUAAAGCAAUUCCUGAUGCUCAUACUAGAAAGAAAUCGAUAAUUGUUGGAGAGUUGGUAAAUCCUCUAUUUCAUCAAGAUGAUGAUAAAGACGAUGAUGAUUCUCAUUCUGACACAACUUUAGUGAGAACUGGAAAGCUUUUUGGAGGAUUAGUUCAAGAUGUAAGAAGAAAGGCUCCAUUUUAUCUAUCUGACCUGAAAGAUUGCUUGCACAGCCAAUGUAUUGCCUCUAUAUUUUUCAUGUAUUUUGCUUGCUUAACGCCAAUCGUAACAUUUGGAGGACUUUUGGGCGAAGCUACAGAGGAUAAUAUUGCUGUUAUGGAAAGUAUAUUCGCUGGAGCCCUUUGCGGGGUUACAUAUCACUUUUUGGCCGGUCAACCUCUUACGAUUAUUGGUUCUACUGGUCCAGUUUUGGUUUUUGAAACUAUCACAUUUGAAUUGUGCAAGAGUUUGGAUUUGAAUUACUUAUCAUUAAGAUUUUGGAUUGGAUUAUGGGCCUGCCUUAUCCUUCUGUUAAUUGUUGCUUUUGAUUUAUCGGCACUUGUAAAAUAUAUAACACGUUUUACAGAAGAAUCGUUUGCCUUUUUAAUAGCAGCCAUUUUUAUUGUGGAAGCUUUUACUAAAGUUUUGGAUAUACAAAACGAUUAUCCUGUUAACACAAAUUACAAUGAUGUGCCGAAGUGCAAUUGUGCGACCCCCUUUAAUUACACCUACAGUAAUUCAAGUGUACCUCCUAAUCUUAGUAAUUUAACUAUACCUUUCAAUUCAAGUAAUUUAACUACGAACGACUAUCAGUCUGUAAAGCUAAGAUAUGGAGAUUUUUCAAAAGAAGAAUGUCAAAACAGAAAUGGAACUGUUGUAGAUCCUCUGUGUUUUCCAAAGGAUAACGUUUACUACUUUUCUAUUUUAUUAUUUGUUGGAACGUUUACUGUGGCAAUGUAUCUCAAAGGAUUCAGAAAUUAUAAGUUCUUUCCAGCUGUAGUUAAAUCAAUACUGAGUGACUUUUCAGUAAUGAUAUCAAUAAUUAUUUUCUGUCUUGUUGACUAUUUGGUUGGCAUAAAAACGCCUAAAUUAAAUGUACCCGAGUCAUUUCAGCCAACAAAACCAGAUAGUCGUGGUUGGUUUAUUAAUCCUUUCAACGGAAAUCCUUGGUGGACGGCUUUAAUUGCUGUAGUACCAGCUUUACUUGCAACGAUUCUAAUUUUUAUGGAUCAGCAAAUUACUGCUGUAAUAGUAAACAGAAAAGAACAUAAAUUAAAAAAGGGUGGUGGAUAUCACUUAGAUUUAUUUAUAAUCGCUAUCGAAAUUGGUUUAUGCUCGAUUCUUGGACUUCCAUGGUUCGUAGCUGCUACAGUUUUAUCAAUAAACCACGUUAGGUCGUUGUCAAGAGAAUCCGAAUGCGCAGCGCCGGGUGAGAGACCGAAAUUCUUAGGGGUAAGGGAACAACGUGUUACUGGAAUUAUUGUUUUCUUACUCGUUGGAUUUUCUGUUUUAAUUACACCGAUUUUAAAGUAUGUACCUAUGCCCGUCCUAUUUGGAGUAUUUUUAUACAUGGGUAUAUCGUCACUGAAAGGAGUUCAACUUAUGCAAAGAAUCUUUCUCUACAUUAUUCCAAAAAAGUAUCAGCCUGAUUAUACAUUCCUACGUCAUGUACGUCUUAUUAGAGUACACUUAUUUACAUUUAUUCAGAUUGUUUGCUUGGGAAUUUUAUGGGGAAUAAAAAAAGGAAAAGAAGCAGCUAUUGCUUUUCCCGUUAUGGUUUUAGCAAUGUGUUUUGUUAGAAUGGCUCUAGACAAAUUAUUUACUAGACACGAGUUAAAAUGGCUAGAUGAUAUCAUGCCUCAAAGUCACAGGAAGAAGGAGGACGACAAGAAAAAGAAAAAGAAAAAGAAGGCUGAAGAAGAAGAUGAUAGUACUAUUGAAGUUUCUGGCGGUGUUGUUAAUUUACAAUUACCAUCUGGAGAGACAGUAAAUAUAGCAUUAGAAAGAAUCAAAUACGAUCCAAAGACUAAACUGUUAAAAAUAUCAGAGGAGAUUAAACAAUCAAACGCAAAUUUUGAAAAGUUCGUUAACGAUCGUUCAAAUAAGAAAGAUAAAAACGAUGUUGAGAAGUGCAAUCUUCCUAAACCUCCUUCAUCAUUAUCAUCUGGCAGAAAAUCUUGUGAUGCUGAGGGUGAAGCAAACCAUGUAAAGUUUUUCAUCGCCAACGAAGGGGAAGCCAAUCAAAUUUCAGAAAGUUAA